CCAGAUAAAGGGUUAACUAUGGACGUUUGGGUGAGAGAAAUGCUCUAUUUUUUAUUGUAUAUCAUUAUAUAAGGUAAAAAAGGUGCUAUCAUGGGCACAUUUGAAGAACUUAAAAACCUGGAAGUGAUUGUUAAAGACUCUUUGGAUCCACGUUGAAUCCGCAUCAAUUUAAAUGGAUUCCACCAAUGAAGGAGUGCAUCCAGCUCUGUCGCUCCGACCUCACCGCGGAGACACCUGUAAUCCCAGGCGACGCCCACCUCCAGCCUCCUCCUCCAUCAGACCCAGAAUCUCUGCCUCCUCUCUCUCUUCUAUCCUCCUCCUCCUCCUCCUCCUCCUCCUCCUCCUCUCCUCAGGCCAAGCGCUCCUACUCCAUGGAGCAUUUCCGCUGGGGGAAGCCCGUCGGGCGGAAACGUCGCCCCGUCAAAGUCUACACCUCAAACGGCGUGGAGGAAGAGUCGGCCGAGCUUUUCCCCGGAGAGAUGAGGAGACGGGAGCUCACCGGCAAGAUGAUGGCGGCGGCGGCGGCGGCGGCGGUGGCGGCGGGGGACGAGGAGAAGGAGCAGGAGGUGGUGGAAGAGGAGCAGCAGCAGCAGGAGGAGGAGGAGCUCCCCGGUGACGUCCACGAGAAGAAAGACGGCACGUACAAGAUGAAGCACUUUCGCUGGGGCGGGCCGCCGGCCAGCAAACGCUACGGCGGCUUCAUGAAGAGCUGGGACGAGCGCAGCCAGAGGCCGCUGCUCACGCUCUUCAAGAACGUCAUCAACAAAGACGGACAGCAGGGAGAGAGAGAGCAGGAGCAGUGAGGGAGGGAGGAGAAGGAGGAGGUAGAUAGAUGGAUGGAUAGAAGAGGAGCGGGACAGACAAGUGGCCAACAAGUUCUCCAAACAAAAUAAGAAAUACGUCGAUUUUAAUCGACCAAAAAAACCGAGCAUUUCUCCGACUCCUUCAUUGGCAGACAACUCUGUCUCCUAGAAACUACAUUUAUAUAUUCUUCU